CGCAAUGCAACGGUUACCGAUCUUACUUUUGGCCAUCGCCAUCUUCGCUUUGGCUGCAGCGGACGCACGAGCCAGCAGUAAUCAGGAGCUGCAGAACGCGAUUAACUGCAAAUCCGUGUGUGGGGAUUGUCGAUGCCGCGGAUACUACUGUGGGGAGGAGUGCAUUUGUGAGUGCGACAGUGAGAACGAGGAGGACAUCAGGUGCCUGGCCACUAUGCACAAUAAAUGCAAAAAGCUUCGGUUUCCGUUCGAAGUUCUAAUCCAAGGUCCGAGCGGGAAUCGCUUCAUGCGCAGUGCUCUACUGUUCGAGGAGAUAUAUCAGCAGUGCUUGAAGCACGACGCCCAGAAUAAGAGGAAAACGAUAGUCCUGUACAAGCCACAGCAAAAGCGAUCUAGGAGGCAGGCUGAAGAUGGAGGUGAGGAGCCCGCGCCUCCAGAAGAAGAGCCAAUUGUAGGCGCCCCGCAGCAAUCUCCACCCGAAAAUGAUGCGCCCAGCGGUACGGAUGGGGAGCAAGUGCCCGCGGCUGCCGAGGAAUCUGAAACAAAUGUUGACGCCCCGACCGUAGGCAUUCCUCUCGCACUAGCCCUGCCGGCUGCCCGUGCCAAAUCACGACUCACUCUAACCACAAUCCGAGCUCAAUACGAAGCAGCCUUAGCACGUUUAAGAGCCCGAUUGGCAGCCACGAGACCAUUUUUGAUCGGAGCCGGAGCUGCAGCAGGGGGCAUCGCGGCUGCCGCCGCAAUACCAAAACCGCCACCGCUUCCUGUGCAGCCUUUAUUCACCUUUUAA